AUGCUGUACCCGCUGCAGUCUUUCGCAUUGCUCUUGGUGGCACUCCUUGAAGCUCCCACAGUAGUGGUGGGAUUCACUCUGUCGCCGACAACACCACCACGUGCCGGCAAACACAUAGUUGCUUUAAAUGCAGAAGAAUCGUCGUCGAGCAAACUGGAGUUGGUGGUCAAUGAAGAGUUCAAGACGCAAGAAUUGUUUCCCAUGGCAGAAUUUGAAGACUUUUCGUUGCUGCCCCAUCGACCCUUGGGAAUGAGAAUUGAGGAGAGCUUGGCAGACAGCAAACUCGUCUUUGUGACACGUGUGGAAGAUGGAGGACUUGCAGAAAAGGCUGGUAUUCGAGUGGGAGAUGUUUUGGUUGGAGUCACCGGGUUGUUUGGAGACAUGACAGGUACGGUUGGAUUGGGAGUGGAGAAAAUCAAGGGAAUGGUGGCUUCUCGGCCUGAAGAGGAGCCUUUGCAAAUCCAAGUGGCAAGAGGCACAGGUGUGCUAGAUGACCACGAAAAGGCGGUCGUUGAAAUAUGCAGCAACGAAUCAUCUGACCAGGAAAUUGAACAAUGCGUCGUCGAUUACCUUUCCAUGGAAGAUUUAGAAACUGAACCAGCAGCGGAGGAAGAAACCACUGACGACAAUGAUGAUGAUGAUGAUGACAUUGAUCCACUCGACAAUCUAAUGAAUAUGUGGGCCGAGGAUCUUCCUCCGGUGCCUCCAUCCCAGCCGACUGAAAAGCUGCCAUCUGAAUCCGCCCCAAAAGUAAAGCCUUGGAGCUCCAGAUCGUCACCAUCGGGCACAUUUGUCCGUGAUCCUGUGACGGGGGAAAUGAAGAACAUUGAUGCCUGA